AUGUGGCUGAUCGACACACAGAAAACGACAUUGCAUCGCGUCGCGGAUCAUCGACAGAAUGGCACACGCUCCUACGCCAUUCUCUCCCACACCUGGGGCAACCAAGAGGUCGAGUUCCACCACAUGUCGAAUCUGAACAGUGCAAAGACAAGAUCAGGAUGGAACAAAAUCAGGAUGACCUGCAAGCUUGCUCGCUCCAAGUUCAAGUACGCAUGGGUUGACACUUGCUGUAUUGACAAAAGUAGUAGCGCCGAGUUGACAGAGGCCAUCAACUCCAUGUACUCCUGGUAUCAAUCGGCCGAAAUAUGUUACGUCUACCUAGCAGACCUAAGUCCAAUACCUGAAGGGCUUAGGGGCACAUAUCGCUACGAUUAUCUCAGAGACAAAUUACCCAAGUGCCGCUGGUUUUCUCGGGGCUGGACUCUCCAAGAACUGAUAGCCUCAAAGCAAAUCGAGUUCUACGACAAGAAAUGGAACCUCGUAGGCGAGAAAAGCGACCUCAUAACCAUCAUCCAGGAGAUCACACGAGUUGACGUGAGCAUUUUACAAGACAAUUCAGACCUACAAACGCUCCCGGUAGCACGUCGCAUGUCCUGGGCCGCCGGUCGUAAAACCACAAGAGUUGAAGACAUUGCUUAUUGCCUCCUUGGUAUAUUUGACAUCAAUAUGCCAUUGCUAUAUGGCGAGGGAUCAAAAGCAUUUCAAAGACUUCAAGAACACAUCGCCAAUGAGACCAACGACUUGAGCCUUUUUGCGUGGCAAAAAAAGGUCGACUACCAAGCGGCUGCGGCUCCAGGGCUCAGUGGUGUGUUCGCAGAGUCUCCAGCAGACUUCACAUACUGUUCUACCCUCAUGAGACACCGAGAUCGAUUCCAGUUCAGAAAUGACUUUACCCUCACCAAUAACGGUCUUCAAGUC